GGCUCCCCCAACUUGACGAACCUCUCUCAUGACGGCUUUCUAUCACGGCAAUCCUUGGGCUUCGCCAAGUAGUAAUUCAGAUCAUUACAUAGGCGGCACUCGAUUGAACUCUUUAACAUUCUCGCAUCGCGAUGAUGCCAUCUGAGGUGAACGAACGCGUCGCCCUCAUCGGACUGGGGGCCAUUGGCAUCUCCUUCGCCGCUCUCUACCUAAGACAUACACAGAGCACCGUCAGAGUCUUUGACACGAGGCCCGACCUCGAACAACACCUUUCAACGGUCUUACCAGGUUACAUCGACUCCGAAGAUGCGUCGCUGGGUAUAUCCCGCCUGCGCGAACUCGGUCGCCUCGUGAUCUGCACCACGCUCAAAGAGGCGUGCAGUGGCGCCACCAUCGUCCAAGAGCAGGGCCCCGAGAAUCCAGACUUCAAGCAGUCCAUCUGGCCAAAGAUUGAAAGCUUCGCGCCUGCCGGUGCACACUUUUGGAGCUCGACGUCCGGCAUCGCUGCGUCAGCUCAGAGCCGGGACAUGGUGGAUAAGACUCGUCUUCUGGUGGUUCACCCUUUCAACCCGCCGCACAUCAUGCCUUUGAUCGAGAUUGUUCCGUCACCGACUACAAACCAGAGCGAGGUCGAGUUUGUCAAAACGUUCUUUGCGGAGCUGGGGUCUGGUCACCGACCUGUGAUCAUCAAAAAAGAGGUCCCCGGUUUCGUAGGGAACCGGUUGGCGUUUUCGCUGCUCAGAGAGGCUUGUUCACUGGUUGACCAGGGCGUCGUCAGCACGGAAGACGUAGACACCAUAAUGGAAGCGAGCUUAGGGCCUAGAUGGGCCGUUCAAGGCAUCUUCAAGUCGUAUAACAUGGGUGGUGGGGUAGCUGGGAUUCAGGCUUUCUUAAAUAAUCUUUCUGGGACUAUUCAAGAGGUCUGGGAUAGUUCAGAACCGGUGAACUUCCAGGCAAAGGAAGCAAAUGAGUCAGGGAGCAUGGGCAAGGACGACAGGCCGGCAUGGGAUGCGAAAGUUGUGCAACAAACGGUAGAUGCGUACGGCCUGCCCGAUCCGGAACAGUUCCAGCAGCGAGAUGGAGCGUUAAGAAAGGUGUUGGACGUUCAGAGACAGCGAGAGGUGGGAAUUAAGAAGUAGGGCGGUUCUACAUAUACUGUAUGUAUGAGGGAGGGGAUUCUAGGAAGAGUCUCGACGUUUGUGUUCCUUUCUCCGCAAUCAAGUAUAGAGGGCGACUAAGAGGCUUACUACUUGUCUUGAUUUGACUGACGCGAAUAUCGUAUCUCAGGCUAGGAGAUCAAUGUAAGGCUGUUCAAUGCGGAUUGAUCUAGUAUUCGCUACGCGCUUUCCCAGAGGGUACCCACCGUCGCCAGCAAUGAGUCGCUGAGGGUUGCCUCGAGACAUGGGCCGCAUGAUUGACAAGGAGGUACCAAACACGCGGAACAACUGAACAUGAGGACGAUCUGGGGGGCAAUAGACCCAGAAUCCGGGAUAGUGGUAAUGGCCCAAAGAAAUCAACGUGUAAAUCAGGUCAAUUGACAUCUGUACGCUGGGCCCGGAUGACUUCGCUGCAAGCAUUUCAGGUUCUUCAGACAAAAGCU